UCUCCCUGUCCUCGCAGGGAAGCCAUCAGCCGCGUGUGUGAAGCCGUCCCGGGCGCCAAGGGAGCCUUCAGGAAGAGAAAGCCUCCAAGCAAAAUGCUGUCCAGCAUCUUGGGCAAGAGCAACCUCCAGUUCGCCGGGAUGAGCAUCUCCCUCACCAUAUCCACUGCCAGCCUGAACCUGCGGACGUCCGACUCAAAACAGAUUAUAGCGAAUCACCACAUGCAGUCCAUCUCCUUCGCCUCUGGGGGUGACCCGGACACAACAGACUACGUUGCGUACGUAGCGAAGGACCCUGUUAACCGCAGAGCUUGCCACAUCCUGGAGUGCUGCGACGGGCUGGCCCAGGACGUCAUCGGCGCCAUCGGACAAGCCUUUGAGCUCCGGUUCAAGCAGUAUUUGCGCUGUCCUUCCAAGGUCCCUUCCCUCCAUGACCGAAUGCAGAGUCUGGACGAGCCCUGGACCGAAGAGGAGGGUGAUGGCUCCGACCACCCGUACUACAACAGCAUCCCAAACAAGGCGCCUCCCGCCGGGGGUUUUGUGGAUGCCCGCCUGAAGGCCAGGCCGCAUGGCCCUGACGCAGCCCCGUUUUCAGGAAAAGAGCAAACUUAUUACCAGGGAAGACAUGUAGGAGAGCCAUUUGGAGAAGACUGGCAGCAAACACCUGCCAGGCAAGGGUCCCUGGACACAUCCAGCAUGCCAGGAGGGACGGCGCCGGCGGCCCCGACGGGAGAAGCCCCCACCUACGUGAACGCCCCGCACUUCCCGCCGCAGGCCGGGCCGGCUGCGGGCAGCAGCGCCGAGAGCAGCCCGAGGAAGGACCUCUUUGACAUGAAACCUUUUGAAGAUGCUCUCAAGAACCAGCCCGCGGGGCCCGUGCUGAGCAAGGCGGCCUCCGUGGAGUGCAUCAGCCCCGUCUCUCCCAGAGCCCCGGAGGCCAGGAUGCUGGAGGAGCUGAGAGCCGAGCUGUGGUACCAAGGCCAGAUGAGCAGGAAGGAGGCGGAGGGGCUGCUGAAGCGCGAUGGGGACUUCCUGGUCAGGAGGAGCACCACCAGCCCGGGCUCCUUCGUCCUCACUGGCAUGCACGACGGCCAGGCCAAGCACCUGCUGCUAGUGGACCCGGAAGGCACGAUCAGGACGAGGGACAGGACCUUUGACAGCAUCAGCCACCUCAUCAACCACCACCUGGCGAACAGGCUGCCCAUCGUCUCCGCCGGAAGCGAGCUCUGCCUGCAGCAGCCGGUGGAGAGGAGCUCGUGACCUGCCGGCUGCCUCUCCUGACGCUGCACUGUGUCAGGAGGAUCGGUUCCUCCCAGCAGACGGGCGCCCGCACAGGAACUCAGGCAGCUGCCUCUCCUGAUGCUGCACCAUGUCAGGGGGAUCGGUUCCUCCCAGCAGACGGGCGCCCGCACAGGAACUCAGGCAGCUGCCUCUCCUGAUGCUGCACCAUGUCAGGGGGAUCGGUUCCUCCCAGCAGACGGGCGCCCGCACAGGAACUCAGGCAGCUGCCUUGGUCCAGAGCCCCAGGAGGAAAGUGUUUGUAAAGUGCAGGUUUUGUAAACUUGUCUGCUUUCUCACGUGCACAGUAAAGGUAUACAUACCGAUACAUCCUGUACAAACGAUCCCUCUAAAUUUCUAUUUUUUAAGACUAAGAAAGAGGUAAGACUAAUGUUCUGUGCUGUAUGUUUUUAAUGAAAAAAGUUUGACGGUAGUUGUCUGGGCAAAAUUUAAUUCAACUGACCCACUCCCCUGGGCAAGUCCACCAGGAAAGUGCUACCGGAAGUCUACCCAGGAAGCACAACCUGGGGAGUAGACGCACGCAGGGGCGUGGGUAAUGGACAGCGUUGUAAUAGAGUCGGGCAAGAUGCCACCCCAAGAGUUCCAGGCCUGAUAGAGAGCAGUGUGGGCGCUGGUUCUGAUGGCGCCCUCCUCCGCUCCGCUGGGCUGUCUGCCUCACACCUGUGUGCCGGGCCCAGUACCCGGGGCUCCUGUGGUUGCCCUGAGCAAGCGUCACUUCUGCUGUGUCGGGCCACGCUGAGCUCAGGAAUGCUGUCCCCCACGGCCUCUGUUGUCAGUUCUUGGGGAUGCGUUCUGCUGCCAAAUAGGCACAAAACAAGCCUCACUAGUGACUAUCUCCACUGGCUCCUGCUUCCCUUGUUUCAUCGAGUAAUGACCAAGAGUGAGUGUGGAGGGGCAGUUGGACAAAGCCCUGGAUGGAUGUCCUUCCGGCCGCCCGGUUGAUUGCUGGCUGCUCCGGAGCUGCUGGUGAACGGGCCCCACCCCUCGGUUCAGUGGAGAAGCCACGUGGACGAGCUGUGCCAAAGGCAGUGGAACACGGGCCCACAGUCCUGUCCCGGGGACAUUGGCAGCAGCCGUCCCCCUGGGUCCAGGCCGGCCUGACGCCAGGGACUUCUGAGAAUCUGUGUGAGUUUCUGCUCCUGGAGCGACUGGUGUGUAAAGCGACUGGUUGUCUCUAUAGCAGGUGUCCCAGUCGCUGCCGGGAAAGGCGUGUGCCCCACGCAGAGCCGAGCGUGGCGCCUUCUGUGGAGGGGAAGCACGCAGUUCCGGCUGGUUGUCUGGCGUUGGAAGCUGACAGUGUGUAUGACGUUAGAACACAUCUGGGGUGAGACUGCGGGAUUGGGCGGGUGUUAUAGAGACAGAGGACUCACGGUACACUGGCAGCUCCUUAUGGUGCUGCGAGCCGCGGGGGGGGGGGGGGGGGGGGGCUCCUGAGCACGCCCACCUCCGCAGCAGCACACACAAGACCCUCCCACGCACUUAGACUUGAAUCGUGAUAACUUCAGGGCUUCAGGACUGAGGAGCUAAGGAGAGAUUUUUAAAAUUCUGAUAAGCACUAAUUUGGCAAAAUUUCUAAGUGUGUGAACCCCAUUUCAACUUUUGGGAGUUCGUGGCCAGGAUGGGAGAGGGGGAUAUAUCUGAUGGGCUGAGGAUGGGUUGGAGCAGGUCCAAGGAGUCUUGUGUAGCCUUCUUUGGAGUUUUUGUUCUUUGAGGGUCCAGUGAAUCCAAGCUGACAGUGGCUUCAAUCUUCUAGAAUGUUCUGCACUGGAUUGGAACUAAUCUAGGCCAUCCUGCGCUCCCUGGCUUCAGGCGCAGUGCGGAUGCCCCACUCUGAGUCAGCCAGCAGCCCUGAGGGCUGAGUGGGGCUGCAGGCAGCAGCUGGCCCUGCCCAUUGCCCUGCACGCAGCGGACUGGGGGUGGGGUGAGACUUCCCUGCGCCCAUCUCCUGGAGGCCUGCAGCCCAGGCACACGCGCACGCCUUCGCUGUGAGAAGCGUGUCCCCCCUCGGGGCGGUGUGACACACUAGACACAGACAGGAUGGCUUUUCUUUCUGCGGCCUCCG